AUGUCGACGACCACAACAACGUUACAAUCUGCGAAGUCACCGGUGCCGUUGUUGUACCGGCGACAUUCAAGCGGUCAAAUAAGGAACUUAGCCUCAGUGUCAAGUAGUCUGCUGCCGGCUUUUGGAACUGUCGUUGGUGAAGGAUCUUUGCAGCUCAAUAAAUUCGUUAUUGCCCCAUAUGACCGUAGAUACCGGUGGUGGCAAGCAUUUCUUGUAGUUUUGGUGGUUUACUCAGCAUGGUCAUCUCCAUUCGAGCUAGCGUUCAAGAAGGUGGCCACCGACUCACUGUUGCCAGUUGACUUAGUCGUUGAUGCAUUCUUUGGUAUUGAUAUCGUUCUUACUUUCUUCGUGGCUUACUUGGACAAAUCCACCUACUUGCUCGUUGAUGAUCACAAGAAAAUAGCCAUGAGGUAUGUCAAACAUUUAUGGUUUCCCAUGGACGUAGCUUCGACGCUGCCAUUUCAGGUUAUCUACCAAAUCUUCACUGGAAAAAGGCAUUACGGACAAGUCUUUGGGUUCCUCAACUUGCUCAGGCUAUGGCGACUUAGACGUGUUAGCGAACUUUUCUCCAGGCUAGAGAAGGACACUCGCUUCAGCUACUUCUGGACAAGAUACGCGAAACUAAUAUGUGUGACCUUAUUUGCGGUGCACUCAGCUGGUUGCUUCUACUACUGGCUGGCAACACAUCAUCAUGUGGCAGAUGAUACAUGGAUUGGUUCUUUGAUUCCUAAUUUUCAAGACAGGAGUGUGUGGCUGGGAUACACUUAUUCCAUGUAUUGGUCCAUCGUCACUCUCACAACUGUUGGCUAUGGAGAUUUGCACGCAGUGAAUACAGGAGAGAAGAUUUUCAACAUGUUGUACAUGCUUUUUAACAUUGGCCUCACAGCAUACCUAAUUGGCAACAUGACAAAUCUUAUUGUCCACAGUGCUGUCCGAACCUUUGCCAUGAGGGAUGCUAUCAAUGAGAUCCUGCGAUAUGCAAGCAAGAAUCGACUUCCAGAAAGCUUGAAAGAUCAAAUGCUGGCACAUGUUACGCUGAAAUUCAAGACCGCGGAAUUACAGCAAGAAGAAGUACUAGAAGAUCUGCCAAAGGCAAUAAGAUCUAGCAUCGCCCAGCAUCUUUUCCGAAAAACUGUGGAAAGUACUUACCUUUUCAAAGGAGUCUCUGAAGACUUUAUUGUUCAGCUGGUCCCAGAGAUGAAAGCAGAGUAUUUUCCACCAAAAGUUGAUAUUAUUAUACAAAAUGAAAUAUCAACAGAUUUCUACAUUAUUGUAUCCGGAGCUGUGGACGUGAUAACAUACAAAAAUGGCACGGAGCAGUUCCUGUCGAAGACGGGGCCUCCUGAUAUGUUUGGGGAAAUAGGGGUAAUUUUUAAUGUCCCUCAACCUUUCACAGUCAGAACUAGGAGGCUGUCUCAGGUUAUACGGAUCAGCCAUCAUAACUUCAAGCAAUUGCUGCAGCCGUUUAAUGAAGAUGGAAAAAUAAUGCUCUCCAACUUCCUUCAGCAUUUGAAAGGGUUAAAAAAGGAGGAGCUGGAAGAGAUACCACUGGUAACAGAAUUCCUUGGAGACUUAAGAACAGAGGAUACAGCAGCAGUGGAGGAAUUAGAGCACCAUGCAGCUGAUGAAGAAGCAAGAAGAACCUCGACAGCAUAUGCAUUUUCCGAGGUGUUGCCUACAAGAAUAAUAAUCCAUGGAUAUCACCCUAAUGAAAAACUAACUGAAGGAGAAAGUCCUGGAAAACUGAUCCAUCUUCCUGAUACAAUAGAAGAUCUUCUAAGAUUAGCAGAAAAACGGUUGAGGAAACGAGGAACUGCAAUUCUCAUGGCAGAUGGUUCUCAAGUGGAAGAUUUGAACGCUUUAAGAGAAAAUGACCACUUGUACAUUUUAUAGAGCAGCCUUGUUGAGCAGAUACGACCAUGCAGACCAUGCAAAAUCAUAUUUUGUUG